GAGACAGUGUACAAGACGUGAAAUAUAAAUGCUUUAAAGGUUUGCUCUUUCAAAGAACACAACAUCAGGCCUGCAUGCCUGAUAAUAAUGGUGAUUUUGCAUGUGUGUGUGUGAUAUCUGCACACAGUGAGAAAACUCUACAGACUGGCUGGUGUGAGCCUUGGACUCCUGUUUAUCCUAGCUGCUUUGAACAUUUCCCUGCGUCUUGCUCUCCACAGAUCUCAUGCAAGGAUGCUAGAUUUAGAGGCCAUGAUCAAAAACAUGACUGAAGAGAGAGACGAGUUGAAGAGGGAGCUGAAUAUUUUUGAUAACUACACCCGACAAGGAUGGGUGUAUUUCAAACACAGUUUCUACUACAUUUCUUCUACAACAAAAUUUUGGCGAGACAGUAGAAAUGACUGCCUGCAAAGAGGUGCAGACCUGAUGAUUAUCAACAGCAAAGAGGAACAGGAAUUCAUGAGACGAUUCAAACAGCUCACAUGGAUUGGACUGACUGACAGAGAGACAGAGGGAACGUGGAGAUGGGUGGAUGGGACUUUGCUGAACACAAGCUACUGGGCCACUGGGGAGCCCAACUCCUAUCAAGGCAGAGAUGAAGACUGUGGGGAAAUACGGUUCUAUGGAAGUGAAAACAGCUGGAAUGAUGCAUCAUGUACGUCACAAAAAUACUGGAUCUGUGAAAAGACGGUGGCCUUUUAACUCAGCAUCCAAAGCCACCAGGUUGAUAACUGAUGAGCUGCAGGGAAAGUGACUCACUGAACUGCACAGAUACAAACACAUAAGUUAGUGUGCCUUCAUAAGCCUUUUUCAUAGGAAAUAUUUUGACAUGUAACCAUAGUGAAAGUAAAGCUACAAAAAAAUUAAUUAGUGAUUCCCAAACUCAGUUUAGCUUCAUUUGUUUCAGCGUCUUGGUCUUGUGAAUGCUGUUUUUGAUAGCGGAGGUUGCAAGAGAUACAUUUGCAGGGCAGACAGCAAAGGCAAGUUAAAGUGAGAAAGUGUGAGUAAUGAGUUGUUGAAACAGGAGGAAGAUUUAAUGUGUUUCUGAAUAAGAUUACUCACAGAGCACAGUUCUUCUGAAGUUGAAAUGUAAAAAGAACUGGAUCCUUUCUUUGGCAGAUGUUGGAGAAAACUGCAAACACACAGAUUUCUAUCAGAUAUCUGUGAGCUCCGGUCCUUGAAUAUAUAUCCUGCAUGUAGAGUGACAGUGUACACUUCAGCUCUCAGAUAUUAAUUCCUGAGAGGUUUUUCACACUGUUACAGCUGUUACACUGUUAACCUACUGUAUCUCUCGAGGUGAAUAUAAAUGUGUCUUGUAGGCUUUUUAUUUCAUAACUCUAUUUCAUAAGGUAUUUUCACUACUAAAGCAUUGUACAAACUGAAAUGGUAGGGGACUCCAGUCACUAUGUUUUCUUAUCUCACAACUAUCUUAUAGAAAGCCCCAGUGUUGAACUGUUUUUUCAACUUAUAUUAUGUCUAACCUACAUGCAUAAUCUUCAGCUAAUUUGACUGAGAAAACCAUGGGGCAGGGUGUUAUUCCACAACAGGUGAAAAAGCAGGUGUAAAGGUGUAAAUAAUAAAGCUAAUAUUUGCAUUUA